AUGUCUUCCGUGAUUCAUGCCACAAGCGGUGCCGCCGCCGGCAUCUUUGCGAUGACCCUGACCUACCCUCUCAUCUUCUUGUCAACACGUGCAGCUGUCCAAGUUAGGGGCAAGGACAAAUCCACAUACGAGGCGGUCAUUGAUAUUAUAAAGAGUGAAGGUGUGGCAGGCAUGUACAGUGGUCUCAACAGUUCAUUGCUUGGGAUUGGCAUCACGAAUGGGGUUUAUUACUAUUUUUACGAGAAAUCUCGGGAGAUUAUUCUCAAGGGUCGUGAAAAGGGUGUGUCACAGGCUCUGACAACACCCGAGUCAAUGCUUGCUGGCCUCAUUGCGGGAUCAGCAACUACGGCCAUUUCCAACCCUAUUUGGGUUGUACAGACGACUCAGGCCGUCCAAACGGUCCAGGAAGAGUCAUCGCUCCCAACUUCACCGUCUGUCAAGAAAUUGAAUCUUGUUCAGACCGUUAAAUACAUUCUUAAAAAGGGUGGGAUUGGUGCUUUCUGGCGGGGGAUCGGACCAGCUCUGGUCCUGGUAAUUAAUCCAAUUAUCCAGUACACGAUAUUUGAGCAACUUAAAAACUGGCUCAUUGCUAGGAGGACCGCUAGGCUGAGAGAGCAGACAGGGUUGUCAAGAGUUGUGGCUGUGCUCAGUGACCUUGAUUUCUUCUUCCUUGGGGCAGUGUCCAAACUAGGCACGUCAAUGGCGACCUCGGCGACUUAUCCCUAUAUUGUCAUCAAAUCACGAUUACAAGCCGGUCACGACUCUGCUCUUCGUUACAAGUCCUCGAUAGAUGGCAUCCUCACCGUCAUCAAAGAGGAAGGCGUCUCUGGCCUGUACAAAGGCGUGGGGAGUAAGCUCGUGCAAUCCGUUCUAACCGCUGCAAUUCUCUUCGCAGGCCAAAAGAGGAUAUAUGAAACCACUAGAGCUGCAUUGACCUCCGUACCUGUGAAGCGGUGA